UCCGCAGUGAGCCACCUAGCUGCCCUGGUCCUGCCGGCGUGUCUGGGGAAGUUGGCAGCUUGCGACCAUUCAUCUGGGGUCCGGCCGCUGCCAUAGGAGGGCGGGGGAAGUGCGUCACCUGGUGGGGAAGGGGCUGUGAAUUUGGGGGCCGGCAGGAGGGGCAGGGGGACGGGAAAUAGGUUGUGUGUGCUCUCCGGGGGUAUUGUGUCAGGAGAUGCGGGCUGCCUACCAUGUGACGCGGGCCUGGGCUGAAGGGAUUGGCCGAGGCUGCGCAGGCGGUGCAGCCCUGCCGGCUGGCUGCUCCUCUCCCCCUUUCUCUCACAGCAUCUUCCUGCGAGUCUGUAGGUGAAGCGGCACCAGCAGCAUCCAUGGCCUCUCUCUGGGCUUAACCCUCGUCUGCUUUGGCUUUGGCAGCGGACUGGAGCACGUCUUGGGCAGCUGAGCCUUGUGCGGACUUAGCUGGGACCUGGAAUCAUAGCCUCCUUUUUUCUUUUUUCUUUUUUUUUCCUCCAGACUCCUUGGAAAUUAAGGAAUGCAAUUCUGCCACCAUGAUGGAAGGAUUGAAAAAACGUACAAGGAAGGCCUUUGGAAUACGGAAGAAAGAAAAGGACACUGAUUCUACAGGCUCACCAGAUAGAGAUGGAAUUCAGCCCAGCCCACACGAACCACCCUACAAUAGCAAAGCAGAGUGUGCGCGUGAAGGAGGAAAAAAAGUUUCGAAAAAAAGCAAUGGAGCACCAAAUGGAUUUUAUGCAGAAAUUGAUUGGGAAAGAUACAAUUCGCCUGAACUGGAUGAAGAGGGUUACAGCAUCAGGCCUGAGGAACCUGGCUCUACCAAAGGAAAACACUUUUAUUCUUCAAGUGAAUCAGAGGAGGAAGAAGAAUCACACAAGAAAUUUAAUAUCAAGAUUAAACCAUUGCAGUCAAAAGACAUUCUCAAGAACACAGCCACAGUGGCUGAGCUGAAGGCAUCAAUAGGCAACAUUGCCCUUUCCCCAUCACCAGUGAGGAGAAGCCCGAGGCGCAGCCCGGGUGCAAUUAAAAGGAACUUAUCCAGUGAAGAGGUGGCAAGACCCAGACGUUCCACACCGACUCCAGAACUUAUUAGCAAAAAACCUCCAGAUGACACAAUGGCUCUUGCUCCCCUGUUUGGCCCACCGCUAGAAUCAGCUUUCGACGAACAGAAGACAGAAGAUCUUUUAGAUCAGCCUGAGAUAUGGGGAUCAGGCCAACCAGUGAAUCCAAGCAUGGAGUCGCCAAAGUUAACAAGGUCUUUUCCCACUGGAACACCUCCACCAUUGCCUCCAAAAAAUGUACCAGCCACCCCACCCCGAACAGGUUCCCCCUUAACAGUUGGGCCAGGCAAUGACCAGGCAGCCACAGAGGUCAAAAUUGAAAAACUACCAUCCAUCAAUGACUUGGACAGCAUUUUUGGCCCAGUUUUGUCCCCCAAGUCUGUGACUAUUAAUGCUGAAGAAAAAUGGGUCUAUUUUUCUGAUACGUCCCCGGAACAUGUUGCUCCGGAACUGACUCCAAGGGGAAAAGUGGUGUCCCCACCAGCUGCACCAGACAACCCAGCUGAUACCCCAGUUCCAGGCCCGCCCGUGCCCCCAGGGCCUCCUCGAAAUGUACCUUCGCCGCUUCAUUUAGAAGAAGUCCAGAAGAAAGCAGCUGAGCAGACCUUCAUUAAAGAUGAGUACUUAGAAACAAUCUCAUCUCCUAAAGAUUUGGGGUUGGGACAGAGAGCAGCUCCGCCUCCCCCACCACCACCCACCUACAGGACUGUGGUUUCGUCCCCUGGACCUGGCUCGGGCAGUGGUACAGGGACCGCUAGUGGUGCGUCAUCUCCUGCUCGACCAGCCACUCCCUUGAUUCCUUGCAGCAGCACCACCCCACCCCCACCUCCUCCCCGGCCCCCAUCAAGGCCCAAGCUGCCUCCAGGAAAACCUGGAGUUGGAGAUAUGCCCAGACCUUUUAGCCCUCCUAUUCAUCCUUCCAGUCCACCACCAAUAGCACCCCUGGCCCGGGCUGAAAGCACUUCUUCAAUAUCGUCCACCAAUUCCUUGAGUGCAGCCACCACCCCCACAGUUGUGUCAGAAGAUGAUGUUUUUUAUGACAAACUGCCCUCGUUUGAAAGGCACUGUGAAACGCCUGCAGAGAAUGAACAGCCUUCCCUCGUUUGGUUUGACAGAGGAAAGUUUUAUUUGACUUUUGAAGGUUCUUCCCGGGGACCCAGCCCCUUAACCAUGGGAGCCCAGGACACCCUCCCUGUUGCAGCAGCCUUCACAGAAACGGUGAACGCCUACUUCAAAGGAGCUGAUCCCAGCAAAUGUAUUGUGAAGAUUACAGGAGAAAUGGUGUUAUCCUUCCCCGCCGGCAUCACCAGACACUUUGCCAACAACCCGUCACCAGCUGCUCUGACCUUCCGCGUGAUAAACUUUAGCAGAUUAGAACAUGUCCUGCCAAAUCCUCAACUCCUCUGCUGCGAUAAUACUCAAAAUGACGCCAGUAGCAAGGAAUUCUGGGUAAACAUGCCAAAUUUGAUGACUCAUCUAAAGAAAGUGUCUGAACAAAAACCCCAGGCUACAUAUUAUAAUGUGGACAUGCUCAAAUAUCAGGUGUCUGCUCAGGGCAUUCAAUCCACACCUCUGAACCUGGCGGUGAAUUGGCGGUGCGAGCCAACAAGCACUGACCUACGUAUUGACUACAAGUACAACACAGAUGCAAUGACAGCCGCUGUGGCCCUCAACAACGUGCAGUUUCUAGUCCCUGUCGAUGGAGGAGUGACCAAGCUUCAGGCUGUACUCCCCCCAGCAGUCUGGAAUUCUGAACAACAAAGAAUAUUGUGGAAAAUUCCUGAUAUAUCUCAGAAGUCAGAAAAUGGAGGAGUGGGUUCUUUGUUGGCAAGAUUUCAGUUAUCUGAAGGCCCAAGUAAACCUUCUCCACUGGUGGUGCAGUUCACAAGUGAAGGAAGCACCCUUUCUGGCUGUGACAUUGAACUUGUUGGAGCAGGGUAUAGAUUCUCACUCAUCAAAAAAAGGUUUGCUGCAGGGAAAUACCUGGCCGAUAACUAAUCAAAUCUUAUGCAAGGAUUUGGAAGACUCAUAUAAUGGACAAGUACUGUAUGAGGAAAAAGUUAUAGUUGGGGUUUGAUGAAAGCAAGCCUAAAUCUGCAUUUGGGAUGUGUCUGCUGGAGAUGCCGAUGACUUCAGCAACUAUUUCCCUCACGUGAUUCCAUGAUGACCAGUUCUCCAGUAUUUACUAUUAGGUGUAAUAUUGUUCAUGGUUUUAAAAUGUAAUUAUUGUAUUUGUAUAUUGUACUCAUUCCAGUAAGGCAGUUAGACACUUGAGUUUUAGCAUUCUACCGUUCCUGAAAUGGAUAUAAUUUAAACUGUGGUAUGUAAAUUUAAUAGUAGUAUUGUUUAACGACACAAUGCUCACAGAGAUAUGUUGCAUUUUGUCAAUAUAUAAAAUCUAAAUAUAAUAUUGAUAGCUGUCAUAAAGGAGGUGCCACACACACAAAGAAAAUUAAGUGGAACCAGGAAAAAAAAAAAGAAACCUACUUUUCUUCAGUCCUUAGUAUGUUUUAUUCUAGUUUGAAAUAAAACUCUAUCUUCAGAUGUU